AUGUAUUAUCCGAUAUUUGGAUUGGUGAUUUUUAUAAUAUCAUCACGGAGUAUUGAUACAGAAAAUCCAAAUUUAACGUUUGUAUACGGUUAUCUUCAUACGAACAAGGUUUAUAUUAAACAUUAUACUUCACAUCCGAAAAAUAUUCAGUGGAAUAUAAAAAUACCUAAUACAGAGUUUGAUGCUAUUGAUCGCUCUUGCCGUGAUGGGAAUGUAACAAAAUUUGAGCCAAUACCCUAUAAAACACGUGUAAAAUAUGAUCACAGUGAAAAUAAUCCUACAUUCUCUCAAUUAACAAUUCAUUAUCCUGGUUAUAUUGAUAUAUUGAGUACAUUCAAAGCAACAGAUAAAACUAAUAUAAAUGAUACAAUGUGUUACUGGAUAAUUGGGGAACCAGCAUUUUGGCAUGAAGAGAGAAAACGCGGAUCAAUCGGUUCAAAAUAUAGCUUGUCCGAUCUUUUAAAACCAAGGAUAUUGUGUGAUUUCUUUUCCAAAACAGAAAACUACAUGAUAAAAUGGUAUGUCAAAAACGAUAAUACAAUGCAUAAUUCUGAUAUACCUGAUCUCAAACCAUUACCAUCACAUCAAUACAUUCGAGUUAUCACCACACAUCGAAUGAAUGAUACACUUUUGUUUGAUCGAAUAAGUAAAGAAGAUCAAAUAGUUUAUUUUUGUUCUGUUGUUACAAAUUAUUUAUUGGACAAUGUUAAAUUAAACGAUAAUGAUUCCGAUGUAUUUGAAAAUGCAAAAAAGAAUCAAUGUCCAACAGCGACAUGUUUAACAUUUGCAGCCGUGUAUGAGUAUAGAUUGAGAGUGGCAAAUAUCGUUUAUCAAGAACUUAGCUCAUCACUACUCUCUACAGCAAAACGUAUCUCACUGAAUCCUAAAAAGAAGGGUUUAAAAGAGUAA